AUGGCCAAGUCCUCCAUCCCCUUCGACUCAAAACUCUCGACUUUGAUUUCCACAACUGAGUCAUUCGUCGUAUUUGCUCUUGCAGCAGAUCGUCGCACACUCAUGUUGUUCUGGCGUUUGGAAUCCAAACGAUCGGAUCGUGCUCCAGAAACUUUUGAAAUGGCCUCUCAGGGCUUUCAGCCGCCCACUGGCCAUGAACACAUGUGA